AUGGAGGACAACUAUUUCACUAGUAGUGUACCCGAUGCCAUUGGGAAGCUUCAAAAGUUACAGGUAUUGUCUUUGUCUUUUAACAACUUUUCUGGGCCGAUACCUUCCUCCCUAGCUAACUUGACUUCAUUGAUAAUGGUAGUCAUCCCGGAUAAUAGGUUUGAGGGAAGUAUACCUCCAAGUCUUGGGAACUGCCAAAGUCUACUCACACUUGACGUUUCUAAUAACCGUCUAACAGGCACCAUACCUAGAGAGCUUUUUGCGAUUUCAUCCCUUUCAGUUUCUUUGAGAAUUUCUAACAAUUCUUUGACUGGUUCGUUACCAUCUGAAGUGGGUGAUUUGGUAAAUCUUGUGGAGCUGGAUGUGUCAGGAAAUAAGCUAUCAGGUGAAAUCCCAACAACUCUAGGCAGUUGUAUUAUGUUGGAACGCCUGUAUAUGCGAGGUAAUGAAUUUGAAAGAACAAUUCCUGACUCUCUUAAAGGUUUAAGAACCUCGGAAGAAAUGGAUAUUUCACACAACAACUUAUCCGGGGAGAUUCCUAAAUUUUUAGAAAAGCUCAGGUUUCUUAAGUAUCUCAAUCUUUCUUAUAAUGAUUUUGAAGGUGAAUUGCCUAAAGAAGGGAUCUUUUCAAAUUCAAGUAGUCUCUCAAUUAUUGGAAACAAUAGGGUCUGUGGUGGUCUCCCGAAAUUACUUUUACGUGCAUGCUCCAUCAAAUGUCAUCCUGGGUAA